AUGUCGUUAAAUCCAAUAUGGAAGUAUUUUACAAAGAUCCAGUCUGACAAAAGCAAAGCACGUUGCGAUGAAUGUGACAAGUUAUACUCUUUAGGAAGUACACUGCCGAAGAACCAGACUGUUUUUGGUUUGAAAAAUCAUCUUGAAAAGUAUCACAAAGAUGAUGUUUUAUUUUUGAGAAACUUCCUCCAGCACAUAGUUAGCAGAACUUUCCAUGUUGACAUGGCCACACGUGGUGCUGUGGUGUUCAGCGUUCAGCCACAGUUCGGUCGACUCGUUUGUACGAAGUUUGCUCAAGCGCGCAUCAUAAAUAUUUCUUUUGUAAAAGUUUUUUUGUCCUAG